UCUGGACAUAUAUCAGUCUCUCCGCUCCCCCAGACUCGGCUUGAUUUCUCCUUCCCCAGACUCUCCCCCCGUCGAUUGAGUUAGUCCGGACCAGAACACGUCAAGCACCUGUCAUUCAUCGUAGACAUCAUGGCGACCGCUCGUGAGCACAACGACACCAUGCGUGGCCCAAGUUUCGAGAAGAACACCAACGGCACCAGCGCGACCGAUCACGCGGCAGUCAACGGCGCAGGAAUGACCAAGCAAAGGGUGCCAUACGACUAUGGCGGUAACCCUCUCGCCCACGUUGCUACCAACGACCCAGAUCUUCGUCUUGCAGCUUUUGGUGGUGAAUUCCAGCCUGGUCUAUACAGGCCGCCGAACCGCAAGUUCGCCAACCCAGCUCCUCUGGGUCUGUCGGCUUUCGCCCUCACCACCUUUGUCCUGUCUUUGAUCAACGUCAAGACUCGAGGCAUUGGCCACCCAAACAUUGUCGUGGCUGCUGCGUACGGUUACGGAGGUCUUGUGCAGCUGUUGGCUGGCAUGUGGGAAAUGGCUGUCGGAAACACAUUUGGUGCGACCGCUCUUUCAUCCUACGGAGGUUUCUGGAUCUCCUUCGCCAUCAUCCUUACCCCAGGUGGAUUUGCGAUUGAGGAGACUCUCCUGGAUUCGGGCGACUUCUACAACUCUUUCGGUCUCUUCCUCAUGGGCUGGUUUAUCUUUACCUUCCUCUUGUUGAUCUGCACCCUCCGAUCCACCGUAGCCUUCUUCAUGCUCUUCUUCACUCUCGAUAUGGCGUUCCUCCUCCUUGGAAUUGGCUACCUCAACGCUGAUGCCGCGGGCCCACAAAGCAGCUGCAUCGUCGCUGGUGGUGCUUUUGGUCUUAUGGCUGCUUUCAUUGCCUGGUACAACGCCCUGGCUGGUAUCGCGGACAGCUCAAACAGCUUCUUCGUGAUUCCCGUCGCUCACUUCCCCUGGUCUGAGAAGGGCCGCGAGCGUCGCAACAAGGUCGACAACUCGGCUGCCCGUGCCGAUGCUGGCCACACCGCGUAAGGUAGUGUGUGGAAUGCAUUAUUACAACCACGAAUCGACUCUUGAUGCAUGGAGAUGAUAACACGGGAAUAUGUUAUCGAGGAUCAGCAUUGAAUGUCCCGAAGUUGAUGACCAC